AAUAAAAGAGGGGUGUUUUUGUGAGUGUGUGUUCAACGCUGGAUGGGUUUGGAGUGAAAUGUUAUUUAUAUUAUAGACCUAUGUUAUAGACAAGCUAAUGGGAAUUGGAGGAGGGGAUCUGAUCGCUGCGCCGUUGUUGUUCGAGGAGGAGGAGAAGGUUUGAUACAGAGAGAGAGAGAGAAGGAGAGAGAGAGAGAGAGAGGAGGAGAUGCUCCUGAUGGUGAUGCUGAUGAUGAUGAUGAUGUCUCCUGCGUCCUCGCUCCUGGCGCUGGUGUGUCUCGGGUGGUCCUGCGCGCACGAUGCGGUCCGGAAACCCCGGCCGGUGCUCAGCGCAGUUGAUGCGGAUCCCCAGUCCAUCCUGCGCCUCGGCCUGACUCCGGCGCCCACCGUGCUGCCUGCACAAACCACCUCCACCAGCACCGAGCCGCCCCCCGGCGACCCCGGCAGCACCCCAGCACCCCCGGCGCGUCUCGGGGAGGAUGCCGCGCUCCCGGCGCGCCUCGAACCCGGAGCCGCGCGUCUGCUCCUGCCACAAAGGCGCCUCACUUCCGUGUCUGAUCAGGACCAGGACGCAGGGGUUAUCACAACCUCAGACAAUUCCCAAGAGCUGGUGUGUAACUGCAGCACAGAGGGUGUGUUGGAUCCGGAUGAGUGUGAUCGUGACACGGGACAGUGUGUGUGCAUGAUGGGAUACACAGGGCUCCAGUGCGAGGAGUGUAAGGAAGACCACUUCAGCAACGGCACCAUCGGCUGUCUCCCCUGCAGCUGCGACACAUUUGGCGCCGUUGGUCCGGGAUGUGACAGCUCAGGGACAUGUGUGUGUAAGACGGGAGUGUAUGGCCCCAAGUGUGACGACUGCCACCCGGGAUUCUUCCACUUCAGCAGCACGGGGUGUCAGCCGUGUCAGUGCAACGCACACUCCACCUACUGCCACCCGCAAUCCGGUGUUUGUAUGGACUGUCAGGAUAACACUCAGGGACAGAACUGCGAGGAGUGUAUGCCACACUAUUACAGAGCCCCAGGUGGAGGUCUGAAGGAUGAGUGUGUGCCCUGCCCUUGUUCCACCCACAGCUCUUCAGGCACUUGCCACCUCGACUUUAGUGGCCAAGCUGUGUGCGACGAGUGUAAGGCUGGCUUUGCGCCACCCACCUGUGAAGUUUGUACCGCUGGAUAUUAUAAAUCAGGAGGCGACUGUGUGCGCUGUGAGUGUAAUGGGAAUGCAGAUCCACGCUCAGCACCCCAGACCUGCCACCCAGAGAGUGGACACUGCCUCCUGUGUGCCAACAACACCGCCGGGACAUACUGUGAGCUCUGUGCAUCCGGAUACACAGGGGAUGCUCUCGCCCACAACUGCACGCUUAGAGCCCCAAGGCUCCUCCCCAUUCCUACAAGAACAUCCAUCAACGCAGGCCCUCAGACCUCCAGCUCUACAUCUGCACCUCCUCUGUUCCUCCUCUUUACCUCCUCUCCUGCCUCCAUCGGCCCCAGCAAGGCCCCGCCCCUCCAGUCUGGCCCAGGAGACCCCACAGCUAGCAAUAGCACGGCCUCGGCGCUUGCUGUGGUCUCAUGGACGCAGUUCAACGUCAUCGUCCUGGCUGUAAUCAUUGUCCUGCUGGUACUGCUGAUGGGCUUCGUGGGUGCUGUGUACACGUACCGCGAGUACCGCAAUCGCAAGCUCAACGCACCAUUCUGGACCAUCGAGCUCAAGGAGGACAACAUCAGCUUUAGCAGCUACCAUGAUAGUAUCCCGCACGCUGAGCCUGGCGUCCUGCUGGAGGAGGAACAAUGCUCUGCACCACCUAACGGCCAGCUUGCGUUAGCGCCUGCUGCCGUCGCUUACAAGGCAUGACAGGAAGUGUGUUCACACAACAGAGCAGAAUUUGUGGCAAAGACGCUUAACAUUUCCAGUAAUGCCCUAAAAGUUGUGAACAUCUCAAUCCGUGGAUCAUUCAGUUAAACCUGUUUAGCAACAUAAAGAGGAAAAAGCUUUCAAGGUUUUUUAUCUCUUUUCCCAUCAAUGUCAUGUGCAAGGCAAAAAAGUAAGAGCGUCCACAAGAUUCAGAAUUAAAACUUCAAAAAACGCUAUUAUUUCAUCGUUUGUCAUGGAGCAAAUGCUAAAAUAUCUCUACUGUGGAUCAGCUAGUUGAACCAGUUUUUAAUCGCAGUGUCAUAUAUGAAGCAUGCUGAUGAGCUCUAGAACCUGACAAUAUGUCAUAUUCAAAGAGUGAAGGCUUGCGCUAGGAACUGUUGAUAACGUCUCAGUGCAGUAAACCAUCCAUCGAAACAUCUUUUAUUUUAAUUUUGAUUAACACCAGGGACAAAGCAUAAAAGGAAGAGGAUAUGGAUAAGAUAGAGAGCUGGAAGCUAAUCUUGGUCUAGUUGGUGUGGGAUUGCUGCGUUGUUUUGAGGACACGAAACAAAAAAAAAAAACGCUAGAAUACAAGGAAUAUGAGCCGCUAAUGCAAGUGAGGUAAAGCCAGUUUUGAAAGGUUAUGAAAAAAAUGAAAGGAAAAGAUGCAAAUUCAAAAUCUGUCUAGGUCGUAUUGUUGUUCUUGUUGCUUUUAAACAAGGUAUGCUUGUGGUGAAGUGCUGAUAUAUAUCCCAGAUAUAGAAGAUAAUGUUUCAGUUGCUUUAAGUUUCCAAAGAACCCCAGUCAAAAGCUAAUGCUAGUAUGUCUGUCCAGUGGCGCGACCUUUAAUUGCUUUUUUGUCAAUCUUGCGAAACCUGCUUCAACUGAUACAAAGCAAGAUAAUGAUAAUAAACCAUCAGACAGUUAGACAGUUAGACCCAUGUAAAUGUUUAAAUGUCCUGGUUAAAGCCAGUGUCUGUCUUUGACCUGCCAACAUUUACAGAUUUUUGCUUAGCUGUAAAAUUGAUCUUAAAAAUUAAAAAAUCCUAGUCUUGUAUGAUCAACAGCUAGGUAUGUUCAUGACCCUGUGGAAACCCUGCUCCUUCUCUCACCUCUCAAUUAACACACCUUUCAGCUUGAUUUUCUUAAUAAAAGCAUGUGGUAAAUAUUUCGGGUUUUUAGUGAGUUUAGCUACGCGUGUAAAGUACAGUACACCUCAGGUAGCUGUAACCAAAAAUGUAAAAAAAAAAAGGUGCUUUUUGGAUGAAAAUAAAUUAAAUUAGGCUAUGAAUUCUAAAUAAGAUUUUUCUCAUUAUUGACCUAAAGUGAUAAUGAACGUUCAGUGUUCGAUAGCAGAGAUAGACCAAUCAACCAUAACUUUACCAUUAACCAUUAACAUUAAAACCACCUAGGUGGUAUUAGUUUCCCCUUGAAAUGUAAAUGUCUGUCACUAGCACAUUGGCAGCGGAUCCUUUGGGUGUGGUGGUUUGUAGGGUUUGUCUGCCGCAUCCAAUGGAUGCUCAAUCACAUAGGGAUCUGGGGAGUUUGGCCUUGGGGGCUGGUUGACCUUUUUGUUUAAGAUAGCUUUCAAUAAUGGCCGUCAUUGAUCUUUUUUUCUGAGGUUUGUACUGCAUUGGCUUUUUUGUCAGACCUUUGGUCCCUGCAGGCAUGGAUGAGCCUUGGGUCCCCACGAUCCUGUCCCCAGUUUACUGGGGUAUAAUUGAUUCAAAUAUAUAAUAUGAAUAUAAAAUAUAAUUCAAUUCAAAUGAUGGUGGUGUUAAUGUCAUGGCUGAUUGGUGUACAUUUACCCGGCACAAUUAAGGAAGUUGUGGUAGAAACUGAACCAAGACACUUGACGUUCAACUUUUUUUAGACAGUAGAAAAGUUUAGUGUAAGCGAUUGAUUAAUCUUAAUAGAAAUGAACAACAGCUUUUUCCCCAUUCCUGAGCUCCUGGUGAUUGCAUAAAACCCUGAAUCCCCAAGGGGAACAUGCAUUCAUUCUUUACCACCAUGUCUAAAUACUGGAAAAUUACAGCUGGAUAUAAAAAUAAGAAGUGACAAGGAAGACUGUAAUCAUUAUGACUGUUAGUCAUGGCUUUCACUGUACGCUGAAAUUUGUCUCAGCAUUCAUUUCUCAAGAUCACAUGAAGCCUGGGCUCUGAAAACCAUAAAGUGAUUCUUUUAUUUGUCAUGAGGGAACAUUAUGUCUUGCACACACUGUCCACUCCCAGCUCCUGGCAAAUCUGAAUGACGCACAAAUAACCAUCUGAAGUUAUCGUAUUAAAUCAUAGCAUUGACACCCGUGGGACCCUUGCGUAAUUAAGUUUUAACUUCACAAUCCAGUAAAGACUAUUUGAAAAAACACCAACAUUUUUGGCUGAAUGAUAUUCCAAUGAAAAGAGAAAGAGGUGUUUCGUGACUUUGGGGAGAACACGAUUUUUUUUUUCUCCACUGACUCUGUUAUUUCUUCUUUGUUUUACAUUUUAUGUCUGUACGUCCAAACCAAAAUUGUACACUCUUGAUAGAGUGCCAAGAGACAAACCUGACUGUUGUUUCAGUGCUCAGAAAACAUACAAAAUUUGUAACGGUUCGUCAUGUGCCGAUAUAUCAUACUUGUUUUUUAAUGCAAUAUAUACCUCAUUUACAUUAGUAAAAUGUGAACAGUUUAAACUACUUAAAGAUUAGUGUUCAAAUGUAAGCAAGCUUCUGACAUAUGUUAAGAUAUAUGUUAAGAUAUACUCAUCUUGACAAAAAAAAUCUGACAGCCUUGCAUAAAUCACCAGAAAAAAAUUAACAAAGUUUUGUGUAACUAUUCAAAAGUGAAACAAAAAGUUCAUAAGGCAAAAAUCUUUGAAGUUGUCCUCCUGGUCACACUUCUUUAUCCCUUUAUAGCUGUUCUUCUUGCCACGCCUCCUUAUCCUUUUGUAGCUGUUUUCCUGCCCACAAAUACUUAUCCUUUUGUUUUUCCACCUGCACCUUCAUACCCCUUUGUAGCUGUUGUUUUUGCCAUGCCUCCUUACCCCUUUGUAGUUAUUUUCCUUCCCACGCCUCUUUACCUCUUUGUAGCUGUUUCCUUGGCCAUGUCUCCUUACCCUUUUUCUAGCUGUACCUCCUGGUCAUGCUCUCUCAUUCAUUUUUCUGACCUCUUACC